CUAAAAGAUCACCGAUCGAGUUAGAGAUCCCUCCCAACUGUCUGAAUCCAACAAGGUUUCUCCUGUCUUUGUUUAGGGUUUUGUUCUGUUUCUCUUCCUCUAUUGGUUCUCCCGCACGGGUUCUUUACCGAUCUCUAAAUCUACUGAUUGGAGAAGAUGCUUCCUCUUUCGCUACUCAAGACUGCUCAAGGACAUCCCAUGCUUGUGGAGCUCAAGAAUGGAGAGACAUACAAUGGGCAUUUAGUAAAUUGCGAUACGUGGAUGAACAUCCAUCUGCGUGAAGUUAUCUGCACAUCAAAGGAUGGAGACAGGUUUUGGAGGAUGCCGGAAUGUUAUAUCCGUGGUAACACUAUCAAGUACCUUCGUGUUCCAGAUGAGGUGAUUGAUAAAGUACAGGAGGAGAAGACCCGCACAGAUAGGAAACCACCAGGGGUUGGACGUGGAAGAGGACGUGGUAUGGAUGAUGGAGGGGCCAGAGGACGAGGCCGAGGAGCUCCAAUGGCUAAGAUGAGUGGCAACAGAGGAGCAGGGCGUGGGCGUGGUUGAUGAUUCAACAACUUUGAACGACAAAACUCUGUGUUUUCUAGCUGGCUCCUCUUGCUGCUGCUGCUGUUGUUGCACUAGUUUGAUUAUAUUGGAAGGGGAUAAAAUUGCUUUUACAAUGUGAUUUGACUGUUUUUUUUUCUUCAUGUAUCGUUUUUCAUGCUAUAUUCCAUUCAGUGAUUGUUAAAUCUAUCCAAAGAGCUGAGUUAUUAUCAUCUCUGUAUAUAUAAAAUUAAUCAUAAUAUGCUUAGUAUAAAA